AUUUUUCUACUUCCAACAUGUAGUUCGGUAGAAGUUGGCAAACAAAACUUCAAAUUCUGGCAAGCGGUCUAAUGCGAAGAUUGUAAAUAGAUUUUACUUGCGUAUAAAAUUUCGCUUCUGUGUUUAAUCAAAUAUAAAAAUGUGGGAUGAACCACCUGUACCUCAAGAAGUAAAUUGGUUUGGCUUCAGAUCAUUAAGAAAACUUCAAAUACCAUCUGCACUGUGUGAUAAGGAUGUUGUUAAUAUAGUAGCUUCCUCUAGUAAAUAUGGAUUAAUAUUUGUUGGAUGUGAACAAGGAUUUAAAGUGUUAAAAUUAGAUGAUGUGUUGAAUUUAAAUUCUGACACUGAAACAUUAAAACAAGAAGCUGUAGAAUAUCCUUGUCAACAUGUAACGUUAGAUUCCUCUCCAGUGUUAUUAAACUUAAGCUGUGACGAUAUGACAGUAGUAGCAUGCAUUUUAAAAGAUGAAAGUUAUCAUGCAAAAUUUUUUGAUAUUACAUCAUUUUCUAAUGCAUCGAUUAUAGCUGAACCAUUUACUAGUGUUCGUUUAACAUCCACACCAAAUGUAUUCAUUCGAGAUAUGAUUUGGAAUCCUAAGGUAGCAGAAAUGUUUGCAGUAUGUUUAAGUGAUGGAACUGUUAGUGUAUAUGAAUUACAUGAAACAUCUCUUAAGAUUGUUGCUACUCUUCCUUCUACUAUUAAAGCUACAGCUUUAAGUUGGAGUCCUAAAGGGAAACAAAUUGUCAUUGGAAAAGAAGAUGGUUCUUUAUCACAAUAUAAACCAAAUCUUAAGGAAACUAAAGCUAUACCAGCUCCAAACAGAUUUGAAAAUCCAGUGUCUGUUAUUAAUAUUUUGUGGCUAACUACACCUGUUUUUGCUGCUGUUUAUGUUAACAAAAAUAGUAGUGAUUUGAUGCCAUCAUUAGUCUUAAUUUCAGCACAGAAAGGUGAAAAUGUAUCCUAUAUUAAUUAUUAUGAAGUAUGUUGUGGCAGCACUGAUUUACGAAGUCCUCGUUAUUGGAUGUAUCAUCAACAGAUUUGGAAUAUAUUGAUUUGUACAUCAAGCAAUUCAAUAGAAACAGGAGUUUUGGGAUUGAAAAAUGAUAAUAAGCCAAUUUGGGAACAAUGGAUACUUGAAGAAACUUUGAGAGCUGAUCUUCCCCUGAUAAAAAAUCAGGAAACUUAUCCCAUGGGAAUGUCUGUGAUUAAUUGUUCACAAAAACCAAUUGUUAUUAAUGAAAAGGAAUCCUUUCCUCCUAUGCCAAUUUUAUUCUUAUUAUCUACGAAGGGAUAUCUCUGUCCUUUUCAUAUUGUGAAUACUUCUGAUGUACCAAGUGUGAUUAGUCCUCCAGAACCAAUUCCUAUUGAGGGAAAAAGAAAAAUAAAUAUUUCAAAUAAUUUUAUGCAAAAUAAACAAAAUUUAACAUCAACUCCAGCCAAUUUAAAUAAUGCAUCAACAAUCAAUAAAUUUCCAUCAAAUGCUCCAAGAAUUAAUCUUAAUACAAGCUUUAAUGGUUUUAUUUCACCAGUAAAAGAUAACAAUAGUUCAUCAUUUGUUUCAUCUCAAAAUAAAGAUAUUGUGGAAAAGAAUCAAAAUCAAAGCAGUCUUAUCUCAGAAAUUACAGAGGCAAAAGAUGUUUCAUCCAAAAUUACAAUGGAUAAAGUAGAUUUAAUUCCAAAACAAUCAGAUAAUGAGGUUAAAUCAGCAUGUAAAGAAGGAAUUUCAAAAGAAGAAUCAAAAAAACAAGUGGAAAUAGAAGAUGAAAAAGAAACUUCUGAAGAUAUUACAACUCAGCAAGCACUUGUUUUGCUUGUUCAAAAUGAGGUAGCAAAAUUUCAAAAGGAAGUCCAAAAUUUACAGACAAAAAUAGCAAAUUUUAAAGUAAAUAUUGGAAAUAAGGAAGAAAUGAAAAAUUUCAAGACAAAGAUGACUAAAUUGGAAGCAUUUGAUAUAGAAAUUAGAGAAAAUGUGGAGUCUCUUUCUCUAGAUUUGCAUAAUUUGAAAUCAUUAGUACUAGAAACUUUUGCAAUGAUAGAAGAUGCUCGCUCACGAGAAAUGAAAAGUAAAGAUCCUUUAUACUAUUCUCUUUUGAAAAGUCGUGCUUUAGAUCCAAUAAGUGCUCGCAAAUUGAAAGAAAUCAGAUGCUUGUACAGAUAUGUAGAUAAUCAGUUGCAAGAAUUACAUAGUAAACUUGAUCAAGAAAGACAAGAUUUUUUAAAUGCAAAGAAAAAAAUGAAUAAAAAGCCAUCACCUUUUUCUCCAGCAGAAGCCAUUUAUCAUGUAGUACAAAAUAAUCAUAAUAUUUUGCCAUCACUAAUAGAGAGUGUUGAUGAACUAGCUUCACGGACGAAGAAAAUGAAUCUUGAAAAUCCAUCUCAACCAGUGUCAAAUUUUUCAAAACUUUAUUCUGAUCAUAGUGAAGAACUUAAUAAAUUGGCAGAAACAUUAAGAUUAACAAAAAUUCAGUCAGUGGAAAAUGACUUUCCUCAUAAAAUUAAAGGUAUAAAGCGUGAAAAAGAAAUUUUAUUGAUGAACAUGUUAAAGAAUAGGUCAGUGAGUUGUGUGAAAGCAAAAAAAAUAAAUGAUCUAUCUCAUUCUCAAUUGGUUGCUGCUAUGGCUGAUUUUAGUAAAAAGAAGUCAAUAUCUGAACAGAAGUCUCCUAUCUCUGAACAAAAAGUUUAUAUACCUUCAAACUUAAUCCACACUGAAAAUAAAUUUCCUCAACAAUCUUUGGAAAAAAGCAUUUCAGAAGUAAAACAGCCUGAUAUUGGUCUUUCAUCAGUUUCACAGAAUAAACAACAAAGUGUGUUUUCUCCAGAAAUAACCAAGACUGAACCAGUUGUUGUACCAACAACAAAACAAAAUGCAGAAAAAUCUGUUUUAACUCUCUCAAAUAAAACUGCAAAUGACAAACUAAAUGUGAAUCAGAUCAUUUCUCAAGUGACUGAGAAGAAUGUACAACCAAAAGAAGAAACAGAUUUUGUGCAAAAACCUUUUACAAUAAAAAAUAAUAAUUCUACUUUUCCAAUGGCACAGCAAAACUCAGUAACAACUCAGUCUUCACAAGUCAUCUUAAAAUCUUCUACAAGUUUGAGUAAUUCAAUUACUGCACCUGUUGUUGCAAGCACUCAUUCUGGAAUAUCAUUUUCUGUACCAACUACAGCAUUUACUGUUACAAGUGCCUUUCAGAAAGCUGAGCCUAUACCAAAACCAUUUGCAUUUGGUGUAAAAUCUAAGAUGAAUUCAACUAGCAUAUUUAAACUUCCUGAUUCAAUAAGCAAAGAAAUAAUCAAGUCACCAGAAAAAUUGGAGUACAAUAAUUCAGAAAAAAUACCUUCUUUACCACCAAAAGAAGAUAAAAAUAAUGCUGCCAUGAUGAAUAAACCUGUGUUUGGUCCUGGACAUUCUAGUGAUGAAAAAUCAGCAUUUCAGUUUAAAUUAUUUAAUUUAAUAGAAACAAAAGAAAAUCGUAAGUAAAAUUUUUAUAGUCAAA